AGAUCCGAACAGGGCCAGAUGUACUAACAUUUGUUGCUGUUAUACCUUCCAACAAGUCAACCGUCGUCCUUCCCACUCUUGGGCGCCGCGGCUCCUUUGAAAUCUCCAUCUUCGAGCUCCCAAUGUCGCUCCAACUACUCCUUCACCUCUGUCUCGUUUGCCUUGCAGUCUUGGGCUGCGCGCAGUUCGCGGCGUCUCAUCAAGAGUCCGGCGACUGGCACUGUGAUGCCGACGAUGAGGCCCGAAUCUCGGCCCAGUUCAGGCCCGGAAUCGUUACUCUAGAUGGCCACGCCGAUGACUGGGCCGAAGUCGACGGGUUCGAGUUUCCCUUGCGCCCAGCUCUCGACCCAGAUGAAGAUAAAGAGUAUAAAGCUGGAAAGAUGACAGUUAAGGCUUUGCAUGACGGAACCGAUGUCUUCUUCAUGUUGCAAGUUGAUGGAGAUUAUGUAUACUCCAAAGGAGAUGACCGUAAAUGCCCAUCCGUAGCUUUGAUGUUUCAAGUUGGUGAGAGUGCAACAUACCACGAUAUGGGCGGAUGUAAGGAAUCACCCGAUACAUGCAACAGCACAAGUUGCCGUGGCUUUGAAGUCGACAUCAUGCACUUCUCGAUUGGGAAUUCUAUUCCAGGAAGAUUGUACGGUGGGAAUUCAAUAAGUGGAGAGGGUAAAGGUGACGGAAUUGUCUUGGUCGACAUGUAUUCUUGGAAUCCACACUGCAGGAAUAUUGAUGGUAGUGGCACUUCAGGAAAUGAUUCUACUGCACUGAAUAACUGGAAAGGUGCGUGGUGGCACAGCAGUUUUUCUUUCCAUUCAGGAUUUAUUGAGGAUGAUAGUCCUUACGGAUCAUCUGGUCAGCAAGGCACAUAUUACUUUGAAUUCUCUCGGCCUCUAAGAACGAUGGAUCGUCUUCAACAGGAUGCACAGUUCGCCAUUGGCCAGUCAAGCAAAUUCUCGGCUGCAUUCUGGUACCCGACUGACGGAAAUCCAUGGCAGGGUUCAGCCCACUACACAGUGAGCUGUGACUGGGUACCGAUGGACGUCACUCCUGGCUUCUCUACACAAGGCAAAGUAGCAUCAAGCUCUUGGGAUGCUGCCACUGGCUUUGCCCUCCUCUUAUCAUUCGUCGCCUUCUGCGUGUCUAUCUUUGUCGCCCGCUUGGUUUCUAAAAGUAAAGCGGUACCUUUUACCCCAAUCGAUCGGCUCUAACUGUUCCCCUUGAUUUCUCAACUGUUUUCCCGUUCUCUUUUUUAUCUCUCUCUUCAUCACAAGCAUAGACGCAACACAUUCUUACUGCACUCGUCUUUCAUCCUUUAAAUUUAUUUGUUGGAAGGAAAAUGUUGAGCUACUUUUCUUCACAUCAAAUUGUUUUCACAGAUUGUAAAUACCUCAAAUAAUUUAUAGAGAAUUUUGUUCUUUCA